AUGCAGCUGUCUUUACCUCAUCCACGCUUUUGGACGCUGCUUCUACUACUGAUGUCCAACCUGCUCCUGUGGGAGGAUGUGGCCUCAGUUCCCACGUGUUUAAUGAGGAAUGGGCGCUGCUUUCCUCCUUUGGGAGAAAUGCUUGAUCGAGCAGUCAGUUUGUCUGAGCACAUAAGUAAACAAGCAUUUGAAAUGUUCACGGAAUUCGAUAGUCAGUAUGCCCAGAGCCACCAGCUCAUUAGCAGGAACCUCAAAAAAUGCCACACAUCUUCGCUCGAUCUUCCCAGUAAUAAAGCUCUGCAGACACACCCAAUCACCCUACUGAAAUUAGUGGAAAGCUUGUUGAAUGCCUGGAAAGUCCCCAUGUAUCAUCUAGUGAAAGAAAUGCCUUCCUUGAAAGAUGUCCCUGCUACAGUCCUUGACAAAGCCAGAGACAUUGAAGAAAAGAACACUGGACUCCUGGAGGGGGUUAGGAGCAUUCUCAUCCAGAUUCAAAGUACAGAUGAAAGAAAUGAGAACUACCCUGUGUGGUCUGGACUGGCAGCCUUGAAUUCUGACAGUGAAGAUGCUCGCCUGUUUGCAUUUUAUAACCUGAUCCGCUGUGCGGGCAGAAAUGCUCAAAAAGUUGAAUCUUCUCUCAAGAUUGUGAAGUGCAAAAUAUUGAAAGAAAACAACUGUUAA